CUUAGAAUAGCUACUGUACACAGACGUUGGUUAUUUGAUUUGCUGCUAAUCAACUACAACUUACUGGAUUUUAAAACGAUAUUUUUCCUCUGCUGCAGAUUCAUUUGGAGAUGAGUGUCAUGGCAGCCCUGUGUGUGAACGUGGUGACAGUCAACAUGUUACUGAGUGUCUUCUUUCUUUCAGGUGUUUGGACUAAAUGUGAUGAGAAAACAGCCCUCAUCAUUACUGCACCAAAGAAGAUGGAAGCACUGAGUGGAUCUUGUUUGAAAAUCCCAUGUAACUAUAGAGAGACACCAGGAAAUAAGUUUGACAGCAGCAGAGAAACCUUUGGAGUGUGGAUUAAAAAUGAUGCACAUUCAUUCAUAGAGAAAAAGAAUGCAGUCUUCAACAGUAGUGGGUCAGUUAACAUCUAUCCAAUGAAUAUUACUGGAGACCUGAGUCAGAAAAACUGCACCACUCUGUUUUCUGAUUUAAACACAAGUCAUUCAGACACAUACUACUUCAGAAUUGAGAACGAACCGUUCAAGGCAACAGCUGUUUGUGAUCAUCUACAAAUAACAGUUAAAGAUUCUCCUUGGAGACCCACAAUUAACAUCUCAGGUGAUGUGAAGGAGAAGGAGUCUGUCACUAUCACCUGCUCAGCUUUCACUCCCUGUCCACACUCCCCUCCUCAACUCACCUGGAAUCUACAACAAGACCCUCACAACAAAAUAGAGGAAAACACAGAUGGGACCUUUACAACUAAAAUCCAGGAGACCAUAACUCUGUCAGACACACAUGAUGGAAACAACAUCAUCUGUUCUGUCAGAUAUCCUGUGAAUAAAGGAAAAGACAACAAGACAGCAGAGACACAAGAGACUCUCAAUGUUUCAUAUGCUCCUAAAGACACCUCAGCAUCCAUCAGUCCAUCAGGUUUGGUGUCAGCAGGUAGCUGGGUGAAUCUGACCUGCUCCAGCAGAGCCAAUCCUCCCAUCAGACACUUCACCUGGUUCAAGAACAGCAAAGAUGGACCCAUGAUCGUAUCUGAAGGACACUUCUACAGCUUCACUGUGACUGAUAGAGGAGGUUAUUACUGUGUGGCCUCAAAUCAACUUGGUAACCAGACGUCACCGUGGAUCCAUCUGAAUGUUGAAGGCUCCUCACACUGGGAACAAGUUGUUGGAGGAAUCAUUGGGAUCAUUGUUUUCAUCUGCUUGAUCAUCUUUGUUUGGUGGUUAAAGUCAAGGCAUCAAAGUCGACAACAGACUCAGAGUCAAAGAGGUGAAGAUCUGGUUGUUGAAGAAGCUGCAGGUGAAACAGAAGUAGAAAACAUCCAUUAUGGAGAGAUCAACUUCUCCAAGCAGAGACGUGACCCGUCCUCUGACUCAGUGCAGGACAGUGGACAGCAGCAGGACACGGUGUACGCACAGGUCAAGAUCAAGAAACCAGCAAAGAGAUUAACACAGACUGUUGACGACACAGAUUAUCUCUAUGCUGAAGUCAAGAAAAAAUGAGAACUGUGUUUUGCUUGUGUAGAGAUUCAAUUUGACAAAAUCAGUUACAGAGAAAAACAUUAAGAAAUGUUAGUUUUUGUAACAGUUGAAUGAAGAAACCAGCUGAGAAAACAUAGGAGCUGCAAACUCUGCGAGAAGAGUUUUUGUGUAUCUUCUAUGUGUAGUAUUGUACUAGUGAUUUGGUUUGAAAGACUGUAGGUGACCUGACACCGAAACAGUUGUACAAGCAUAAUGGGUGAUAUUUAAUUUUAAAUAUUUUAGUAUCAUUAUGUUGAUAAGGAAUUAAUUUUGUUACGUAUACUCUGCAUGUGUGAGUUUCCUCUGAAUGUCCUCUAGUUUAUUUCUGCCCAUGGUUGAGCCCAGUCUGUUAAUGUGUUAACCACAAUGUCAGGGUUCCUCAAAAUAGCUUUCAGACUUCAUGUGUGAAAAACAUCAGCCGAGUCAUGUGUCACAUAAUCCUGUCAGCAUAUCACGUCCGUUAUCUACAAUAUGUGGAAGUAUGCUGUGAAUAACAGAAAAGACGUCAAGACACAAGAGACUCAGUGUUUCAUGUAAGAUGAGUUUGUUGGUUAUUUUAAAUUAUUGAAAAAAAAAUGGAAAAAAUACGAAAGAACCCUUGUUCAUGGAUUCAAAGAUGUUUAUUCAUUGCACUGUAAUAAAAACUUUGGCGUACAACUUGUAUAAAUACU